AUGGAUUACUUUCAAACCAUUUUCACCUCUUCAGGCCAUCAAGAACAAGUGGGAUUCCUAGAUAAUCUACAGGCUUGUGUAACUGAAGGAAUGAAUGAGGUUCUGAUGCAGCAGUAUUCAGCAGAAGAAGUGGUUCAGGCUUUAAACCAGAUGGAACCAUCCAAAGCCCCUGGACCUGAUGGCAUGCCCCCUUUAUUUUACCAAAAGUACUGGACUGUGGUAGGAAAGGAUGUCACCGAGGCUGUGCUGAAAGUACUAAAUGAAGGGGUCUUCCCAGCUGAACUUAACCACACACACAUUGCUUUAAUUCCUAAGAAGGAUAAACCAGAAACAGUAGCAGAAUACAGACCAAUCAGUCUAUGCAAUGUUGCCUACAAGCUUAUAUCCAAAGUCCUCUCCAAUAGGCUAAAACAAGUCCUGCCUCAGGUUAUAUCCUUGUCUCAAUCAGCCUUUGUACCCGGGAGACUAAUUACAGAUAAUGUGCUAGUUGCUUAUGAAUUGGUCCAUUACUUAAGACAGAAGAGGAAAGGGAAGAAAGGGUAUAUGUCACUCAAGUUGGAUAUGAGCAAAGCGUACGAUAGGGUGGAGUGGGGAUUCCUAGAUAAUAUAAUGGGCAAGAUGGGGUUCAAUGAAAGGUGGAGAAAGCUUGUAAUGUGCUGUGUGCAGAUUGUUACAUACUCUAUUAUUGUGAAUGGUAGUCCAAAGGGCCCUAUCAAGCCCUCGAGAGGUCUGAGGCAAGGGGAUCCUCUCUCCCCUUAUCUCUUUCUUCUGUGCACUGAAGGGUUGAUAGCUAUGCUAAGACAAGCAGAGGAGAACAAGCGGGUGGAAGGAGUAAAAAUCUGUAGAGACAGCCCAAGGAUCAACAACCUCCUCUUUGCAGAUGAUAGUUUGUUUUUUUGCAGGGCCACUUUGCAAACUAAUGCAGAUAUCCACCAACUUCUAAAGGAGUAUGAACUGGCAUCGGGUCAGAAAGUCAAUAAAGAGAAGACAGCAAUGGUUUUAAGCACCAAUGUUAACCCCCAACUGCAGCAGGAAAUUAUGGCAUCUUGGGGGAUACAGCAGGCUCAGAAGUAUGAAAAGUACCUUGGCCUCCCAUCAGUGGUAGGAAGAUCAAAGAAAAGUGCCUUUGCAAAUAUCAAGAGCAGGGUUUGGAAGAAGCUUCAAGGAUGGAAGGAGAGGCUACUCUCACAAGGGGGGAAGGAAGUACUAAUUAAAGCAGUAGCACUAUCAAUCCCUUCAUACUCUAUGAGUUGCUUCAAGUUACCUGAAAGUUUGUGUAAAGAGCUAGAGAAUAUGAUGGCAAAGUUUUGGUGGGGCCAAAGGAGGGAGGAAAACAAAAUCAGGUGGGUGAGCUGGACAAAAAUGUGUGCUCCUAAGCAAGAUGGGGGAAUGGGGUUUAAGGACCUGCAUAGUUUCAAUAUGGCCCUAUUAGCAAAGCAAGCAUGGAGGAUAAUGAAUGAAAAGUCUUCUCUCCUCCAUAGAAUCUACAAGUCCAAGUACUUCCCCAAUUCAUGCAUCCAGUAUGCACAGUUGGGAAAUGCCCCAUCAUAUGCAUGGAGAGGGAUAUGGGAAUCUACAAGACUAAUGGUGAAGGGGUGCAGGUGGCGAGUAGGGGAUGGGGAGUCCAUAAAUAUCUGGACUGAUAUCUGGCUACCAGGACAGAAUCAAACCCCUUUAGGCCUAUAUCAAGAAAGUAGAAGCAGUUGUCAACGUGUUGCACAAUUGAUUGAUGGGGAGACAGGUUGGUGGGAAAUUGAGAUAGUUAGGAGAACUCUCCCUCCAAGAGAAGCUUCUGAUGUUCUGAGGAUUCCCCUAGGACCUUCACCUAGAGAGGAUAAGCUCAUAUGGCACUAUGAAAACUCAGGAGAAUACACAGUGAGGAGUGCUUAUAGGCUGUUCUGGUCUAUAAAGAACCAUAGGGUAGAAGGGGGUUGCUCAAACUAUCAGGCACUGCGGGGUUUCUGGAAGCAGUUAUGGUCAAUGCCAAUACCACACAGGGUUAGAGUCUUCUCUUGGAGAGCAUGCAAGCAUGGACUGCCCACCUUGCAAAACCUGAGGGUCAAGAAGGUUGUUUCUGAAGAUACCUGCAAGUUCUGCCAUGAGGGAAGGGAAGACACAAGUCAUGCUCUGAUAUAUUGUCCAUCCAUUUUACCCUUAUGGAAGUCUUUGUUUGGUUUUUUAUUUCGGGGAGGAAACCAGCAGGGGUUUAUGGAGAUAGCCAUGAGAGUGACAAAGGAAGGGCAGCCAAGAGAUCUUGAGAAGUUUUUUCUUAUGGCCUGGUCCUUUUGGUAUAGAAGGAACCUUUUUUACUUUGAAGAGCAGGUUCAGCACCCACAACAGUCUGUGGAUCAUGCCAUGUCUUUGUUUAAGGAGUCUCGAGAAGCUCAAGCCAGCACUAAACAGAACAUGGGAUGUUGUACCUCAAGUGUGGGAGUUAUUUUGAGAGAUGAAAAAGGAAAGGUAAUUCUGGCUGUGUGUAAAAAAGAACCUGAGUUCUCUGACCCUAUGGAAGUGGAGCUUCUUGCCAUCCUGAGGGGGCUACAGCUGUGUAUCCCGUUGGGCAUUGGUGAGUUGAUUGUGGAAACAGACUCAAUGCUCAGUGUAAGAGCCUUAACAGCAGAAGGGGAGUCCAUGUCUCCCCAUGGUAACCUAAUCUAUUCCAUACUCAGCCUCUCUAAACAGCUACCAAAGGUGACAUUCCAACAUGCCGGCAGAGUGCACAAUGCAGCAGCUGAUGGUCUAGCAAAACUAGCAAGAUUUGUAGAGGAUUUAACAGUUUGGUGGGAAUUAAUUCCCGAGUGUAUUUCCCAAAUUGUUUGGCAUGAGGCCAGCUUGUAA